AUGGAAGCCCGACUAAAAAACGUGGUCGGUCGGAGCGGUGUGACCGUCAAUGGCAUCGCUCUCCAUCACUCUUCUGACACCUUGCUCCAAGUGGCGGGUAGCUCAAUUAUCGUCAGCUCAGCGGGUGGACACGAUCGAUUCGAAGGGCAUUUGAUAUCACAAACAAAACAACAGUUCACAUGUGUCGCUGUGACGGCGUGUGGGAAAUACGCGGCGACUGGCGAGACCGGCCACCAACCGGCAGUCCGUCUCUGGCAACUCCGUGAUGAGCAGGGCAACUUUAUCGGACGGCUCAUCCGAUCCAUGCAAGCACAUACCGUAUCCGUCACCAUCGUCAGGUUCACCCCAGAUGACUCCACUCUAAUAUCCAUCGGAUGUCAACACGACGCUCAAAUAAUUACGUGGGAUUGGAGGAACGGUCAUGACCUUGGAGUCGGGAAGCUCAUGUCGCCUGUCAACGCGCUAACGAUAUCUUUCGACAGCAGCAUGUGUGUGACUGUCGGAAGCAAAUCUGUCAAAUAUUGGUUCUUGCCACUAGCUUCUGAUGGGAUGAGUAAGAGGACCGGGUUGACGAGUCGAUCAGCUAUUCUGGCUGAUAAGAGAAACGUUAACUUUGUCGACGCGACGUUUUGUGAUGCGACGAAUCGAAUGGUUGCGGUGACAUCGAGUGGGGAGUUAUUGGAGUUUAAUGGGAAUAAGAAGUACGUCAAAUGUUACUCCUGGAAAGAGAGUGGAGACUUCAAGGCGAUUUGCAUUGCAAAAAUCCCAGAAGGAUUGCUAGUCGGAUGCUCGGAUGGCCUUGUUCGACUGUUCUGUUUGAUCGGGGAAGAUCUGGAUUUCUUGGCAGACUUGGCCCCGCCCACUCACUUGUUUCAAGACCCAUCAAAUGUCUACGAGUCGCAACAGUUGCAGAAUCAUCCAGAAGAUGCAAUAUUCCCGGAACCCCGCUGCCUCGUCGCCUCCACCUCCAACGCUACGUUCGUCGUCGGCUACGCGGAUCGAUCUCUGAUCGAGUUUGCCCGCGAAAACAAGUCAUGGUCAUUCCGAAGAGCAAGUCUCGGUCAUACUGGUUCUGUCAACUGCAUCGAACCCUUCCCAUCCUCGUCUCCAUGUCUACCAGCAGGAACUCUGAUAACCGGUGGCGCCGAUGGUACCGUAAGAUUCUGGAAUUUCAGUGGAGAGAGUGAGGAUAAGAAGGAGAUUGCUAAUAUCUUGUGCCCCUCCCUGCUGAAAGUGGUCUACCUGGAUGAGAAUCCGGAUCUAUUGAUUGAUAAGAGAAAUUUAGAAUCCAUUGGUCCUUCUAACGAGGAGCCUGCCACGUCAUCCUCCGGAGUCCUUUGCACCCGAGUAACUCAUGACGGCAGAAUGAUGAUAGCUGGCACAUCCGCAGGAAUGUUAUACCUCAUCGACCUAUCCUUCUCGGACACUCCAAUCAUCGACGUCAUCAACGCCCAUGACAACGACGUGACCUCCAUCGACUUCUCCGAUCACGCCACCACCUCAUCUCACGAUCAACCAAUGUUCUUGGCAUCUGGAGGACGGGAUCGAUUUGUUCACGUGUUUCGAAGGAUACCGUAUAGCUCGCAGUUUGUGCAUUGUGCAGUGCUGGAUGGGCAUCAGUCGGCGAUCAAGUCGAUCAAGUUUGCAUCGAACAAUGGCCAACUCCAUCUGUACACCGCCGCCACCGACCGAAGUCUCAUAAUCUGGAAGCUCAACUCAUUCAGUGACCAGCACUCGGAGUUCACACGUGUCCAACAGAUCUCCGUCACUUCUAGCAUAGGAGAUAUGACAUUCAUCAAAUACGUGGAGAUGUUCGUAGUCGGUGGACAUGACCGCAUGCUUCGUCAAUUCGAUAUCAAUGGGAAGUUAGUGAGAGAAGUCAAGGGAACUGAUGACGAUGUGGCACACAGUGGGAAGAUUCAGAAGCUGGCUGUAGAUCAUUCUGGAUCCUAUGCGAUAUCAGUGUGCUCCGAUAAGUAUGUGUAUGUGGUGGAUCUUCGGACAGGUGUCUGUCUAGCAGUACUUUGUGGUUUCGGAGCCCCUCCGACAGAUGCCACGUUCUCGGAUGACUUCAAAAAUGUGAUUGUCACCACGUCGAACGGAGCGAUUUUUGUUUGGCAAUUGGCAAAGAAUCUGACGGAACGAAUGAUCUCCGCCCAAGUUCGGCUGAUGGAAGAAGUUACUAUGAGAACUGCCACCCCCGAUAGUUUACUCGGAAGUGGAAGUGAGACUAUCAGCUCCAACUCAUUCACACGACCAUUGGGAGCACCCGAGUUUUCUGGCAGCUCUGCGUCGUUGUAUUCUGACGACGACGAUUCGACGAGAUUUUCGAGUUCAGUCCGCAGCAGUCGAACAAAACGAGCCCUCCCGAACGGCGGACAUCUGAUCGGCAAUUCGAGUUACGCACGUGUCGGAGAUAGCUCGUUCUCACCGGCGGUCCAGUCUGCGCCAGCAGUCGAACGGCGGACCCAUACGAACCUAUUCUCGCACGAUCAGUACGAAACCGACAUCUCCGAAACCCAAUCGGAUUUCGUAUCCUCGAGAAGAAAGCACCGAGUAUUUUCCGACGAAGACGACCAAGACUCAAACUUAGGAAGUGGUCAGUAUCUGGCGGCUCCAAUCAACGAUCCGCGUCGUUCGGCGUCACCAUCUUUGUACAGUACUCCAGAUCACCUGAGAGAAUAUCAAAGUAGUAAAUCGAUGAUGAAUUUACGAGACGUAACGGGCGGUGGUGUCCGCGUACAGACAGCCAAAGAACUCAUGAUGUCUCAUAUCGCAUCCCAACGUAAUUCGCAGUCUGGAUCCUCCUCCCACUUGUCAUCAACGAACACCCCAACAUCUGGCAGAAUGAAGUGGGAAAACAUGGCGCAGUCAUCGAAUAAUAAUGACUGGCAUCCAUCGUCCACCGUCGUCGUCCCUGACAUUCAUCACGUCUCGCCGGUUAUGGCCACUUCAAUGGCCCCGCCGCCGCAACACCAAUAUGGUGGUGGUUAUAGGAAUGAUCAUCAUCAUGCGCCCUCCUACCCGAUGCCAGACACCACUCACCCUCCACCACUGGCUCCUCGUACAACAUCCCGAGUCUUGACAGCCGCACCCUCCCAACAAGCCCUCCAACAAAUCCAAGCAAACUCCCCAUUCCGGCGAAAGUCAAUGGAUAGGAAUAGUCUAUCGAAGAAGUUUCUGGAUAACGGCGGCGCCCAGCCAAAAACUGUCUGGAGUCCGUCAGCUCUAGCGAAUUCUGGAGCACCACGGAGGAGCAACUCGAAUCUGUUUGCGGCGACAAAUCUAGAAGUUCCUACGACGAAUUUAUCCAGACGACACACAGAUAAGCAACCACAAAAACUGCGUUUUACGACCACUGUUCAAACGCGCGAGAUUUCGUUGGACCAUGAAUCCGAUGACGAUGACGUCAUCACCUCCACCACGCUUCAUCACAGACGGGGUCAGUAUCAACGAAGACCGAGUACUGUAACAGUAGACACUCGGGAUGCCGACGUGGCACGACGGCGUGUUUCGAAUUCGAGAAAAUCUGAAAGAGCCGAUGACCUCAACUUCGCAUCCUCUCUCCGAAGUCGAAGCCAGAGCCCGAACAAGUUGGCACUGAGCCAAAUGAUCAAUUCACGUGAACGAGACACUCCGUCGAGCCCAUCGUCAACCACUGGAAGCUCGAUCGUCGGCAGGAAUCUUCAACAACGACGUCGUGAUUCAGAUGUCUCGUAUGUGAGAUCAGCGACACGUGGACGAGAUGAGAUGCGCAAAAGUACGGACGCCCUGAACAAGUUGAUGGCGGUCCGAUCGAAACUCCACCAGUCCAGUGAGAAUCUGAGAAAGUCGACGGAGAACCUGGCGCUGCUUAAGAAUCUGGAAGAGGCUUCGAACUAUUCGACACCAAAGUCACGGACAAGGAGUAGUAGUAAUUUGAGGAAUGCGGAGGUUUUGGGGAAUAUGGAGUCGUUUGGCACGUUUGAUGCGGAUUCCAGGAUGAGAUCAGGCUCUACCAGCUCCCUCGCCCAAUCCCGAAUGAUGGCUCGAAGCAUCGGCAACCUCAACGAGGGGCUCGCAAUGGAAGGCUCUCAAAACACACCAAGUCAACGACUCGCCAAUACCAUCCAAAUGAUGCGAAAGGCUAGUAACCCCGACUUGACGGCUCCCGAACAAUUCGAAGACACCGGAAGCCCGUUCGCUCAGAGGAUGGCUCGAGGUGCCGUUCAGAAGAAGAUGGAGAGGUAUCGAGCGAAGAAUAAGAGUGGAAGUGGAAAUGUAGUGGGGAGGAAUCAGACAUCAGAGGAGAGUGAUUCAAACAACUCGGAUAUGAUGCCUUUGAGUAUUAAUAAGAGAGCGUUGACUGCUGGAAAUCGGUCGACGACUGGAUCCGAUUUCUCGCCCGCUUCGUCAAGAGGAUCUUCCUCAUUAGCGAUGGGUAGUGGACCAAUCGGUAGCGGCCUCCCAUCGAGCCGUCGUCUGUACGACCAACAACGUAGCGGUGGCCUCUCCGCGUCGGGUACCCCACGCCGUACUGGAAACAAUUAUUUGGUCACUAAAAUGAGUGAACAAAUGAACAAGUCGAUGGAGGGUCCCGAUUUGGGAAGCGACGAAAGUCCACGUAGCUCGGUGAACUCGCAUGAAUGGCAGAAUCUUAUGGAGAACUCGCAGGAUGGAACUAAGAAUCCACUGAUUUGCCACGUUCAAGACUGUAUGGAACAACUGCGGAUUCAUGUGGAUAAAAGUCUUCAGGCAAAGAAAUUGGUGGAGGACGAUACGACUUUGGCUAUCGAACAAAAGAAGAUAGUUAUGUGUGAGAUCGACCGGUCCAUCGAGCGUCUCAUCGAAAAACUCAACCCAAAUCAAGUAACCAGUAAACCAUCUGACAGAAGCAACGGAAACCUGUCAGGCAACGACUACACUCCGAAAGGAGCCAAUAUCUAUGGAAUUCUGAAAGAGAAUCUCUCGUCUAGACAAUAA